CUGCAGCGGUUAGUUUCAAAAUAUUUAAUUGCCGCUGAAAGUUAAUUGUGAAAUUUAUGACCCAAUUUUUUUAAAAAUUAUUUGCCUAUUGAUAAAUGUAUUAAAGGCGACUAGUAACAAUGCACUUUAAAACUAGAUCUAUAUAAAUGGGAGAACUUAGUGGUUGACUUAAGCACUUAGGCCUACUGAUACUUGCAGUUGGUAAGACUGUGUCCAGAAAAUGAUUUGUACAUCUCUAAUCACGUUCGCUGCAAUUCUGGCCACAUCGUAUUCGAAUCCUAUCGACUCUUGUGUUGUGAAUAACAAUGCUUACCGGCAGGGAGAGAUUUUUACAUUACCUGGUUUAACGUCUUGCAUUAAAUAUCGAUGUGACCAUAAUGUAGCACUUUUAGUUGACGAAGGUUGCGAGCUGAAUGAAAUGUGCUAUGACGUAGGUAGUACUUGGGUGAAGGACUGCAGGACGUAUAGGUGUACCAAGACUGUACAGGCUGACUCCAGCAAAUAUUCAAUCUCUCUGGAAAGCUCUCAAUGUCGAGACGCCUACGGGAGUUGUCACAAUCCCGGACAGAUAUUUCACUACCAGGUUAAUGGGGUGACAUAUAAGCAGUGCACUUGUAGUGAUGACAGCAAGGGAAAACUCCGUUAUAGUUGUUCUGGUUGAUUGCUCCACGCCAUCUUUAUAUCAUGCUAAUAUAUGCACAGACAAAAUCAAUUUACCUCAUUUUUUUUUUAGAAUCACAAUUUGUAAUGCAAUCUCACGUUUAGUUUUCUUUCUUAUUUAUUUAUUCUUCAUUAAAUUGUAUUCAUUCAUUGUAUCCAUAGCAGGGCCGGCCUUUAAUUAUUGGAGGCCUUAGGCGAAGGAAAGUAUGUAGUCCCAAAUAAAAUAAAAAAUAUUAAAAAGAAACAGCGAACAAAUAAAGGAACGCAUUUAUUAAAAAUCUGCAUGUCUGUAUCUGUUACGGUCGUAGCGCAGCACGGUGUGCAUGAAUAAUGGUGCGAAUUUGUGUAAUGAAUGGAAAGGAUGUUGAAAAGGGGAAGCCGGGAGUAAUUGACAGGAAGAGGAAUGAAAUGUUCGGAUUUACAUAACUUGUUGUAAUAUUAAAGUAUUUAUAGAGUAAUAACCUGAGAGUCUAUUAUUAUUUCGAAGAGUCUUGUGUCGUAACAAGUGGCGCCCAACGGAAAAGGCAAGACCUGCGUUAUAACGGUAUCUAAUUCCUGCCUACGGAGGUAUUACUAGUACUACAAAGUGUAACAAAAUCUCUAGAUCUCUAGAUCUAUUAGGAUUGAGAGAGUUAGCGUCAUCUAAAUCUCUAAAGCUAUGUACUAGACUCACUGGUAAACAUAAACCUUUAGUUGAAACUUAACUAAAAACAUUAUUGCUGAAUUAAUCAACUGGAUUAACAUUUAAAUCUAGAUUUAUAUCAUUAUAAUUAUUAUGACGGCCCAUUCUCUACAUUCACCAAUGUGAAAACGUACAUCUUCAUUGGUCUGGCGGGUCAUAGUUCUCAACAAUAACCUUUAACAUUCAAUAUUAAUGGAAAUUUGUACGAUUAUUAGCACUGCUGUGGGCAACACUAGUGAAUUUUGACUACGGUGGAGAACAGUGCCCAUUUAGGACCAACGGAUAAACACUGACCACGGCAUAUAGACAAACAACGAAAGAUUCAUAUCACCGGCGGAGAAUAUACACUAGCAUUGGAAGUUAUACCAGCAGGAAGAAGAGUAUUACGGGAAGUAGAUACAUAUUUGUAUUCGAGUAACAUUAAACGUUUGGUUCAUUACAUUACAUUUAGAUAUGAACAUUGUUUCCAGGCAUUAAGUAUAGGAGAAUCAAAUAUAUUUAAUGGAUAUGGCCAGAUAACUCGAUAAAGAAAAAUUACAAAUGGCGGAUAAAGCUGAAAUAGUUGCUUUGAAAGAAGAAGGGAGACUAUUGGAAUUAGAAGGAGCAGAGCUGAGAAAAUAUGUACAAAAAAGAUUAAUAGAAAGAGAGAAACUAGGCAAGGAAAAGGAAAUAGAGAAAGAGAAGUUAGCCAUGGAAAAGGAAAUAGAGAAAGAGAAGUUAGCCAUGGAAAAAGAAAGAGAGAAAGAGAAGUUAGUCAUGGAAAAGGAAAUAGAGAAAGAGAAGUUGGCUAUCAGUAAAGAGAAAUUAUUUACGGAUAAAGAAAUUGAGAAAGAGAAGCUAGCUAUUGAGAAAGAAAGGUUAGCCAUAGAGAAAGAAAAGUUGGAAAUAAAAAAAGGAAAAGCUGAAGAGCAAGGUACUGGAAAGAAAAAUGACGUGUCUGGAAAUAAAUUGUCAAAAUAUAAAGGUACAAUGUUUGAUGAGAAUAAAAUAGACAUAGAUAUUUUCUUAAAGAAGUUUGAAAUUGAAAUGAAAGAAUUGGCUUUUCCUGAAGAUAAAUGGACAUUUUUGUUAUCGAAGUCAUUUGCAGCGGAGGUACCGUCAAAGAUCUGCAUGAAUCAGAAUAAUUACCAAAUAGUAAAGGAGCAAUUACUACGAACAUUUGGAAAAACUGAGGCGUUUUAUCGUCAACAAUAUGUUAAUUGCACCAUUGAAACCAACGAGGAUCCCCAAACAUUUUUAGACAAGAUGAAUAGCUACUUUGACAAUUGGACAGAGUCAUCAAAAAUAGAGAAGACGUUUGAUGGACUAAAGGUAUUUCUUAUGCUGGAUAAAGUCAUUUAUGAGAGUCAGGACGAACUAAAAAUAUUCCUGCUGGAGAGAAAGCCAAAAUCUGUAGAUGAGAUUGUAAAAUUAAUAAGGGCUUACAAAGUGGCACAUCCUGAAAAAAAGUUAAACAGAGGUAGCGAUAUUGAAGAAAUAGUAGCAUUUAAUAGAGCUAGAGAAACACAAGACAGUUAUAGCAACAAUAGAAGAUGUAGAUAUGAAGGACAGAAUAGGUUUAGAGGACAAGGAAGGAGCCAAAUAGAUAGUAGACAAGGCCAGUAUAAUAGCUACAGAGGGAGAUAUCAAGGAAACAGACAGGGAAGAUAUGAUGGCAGAAGAAAUGGAAGAGAUCAAAGUUUGUCGUUAUUGUCGAGUUCGGGAAGUCUAGAUUGUUUUCAAACAUUUGUAGGAAAUAAGGCUGCAAGAACGAUAAGGGACACUGGAAGCACUAUUGUUGGAAUAAACCGAAAAUUGGUUGAAGAUCAUGAAUAUACUGGAAAAAACAAAGCAUGUAUUAUGUUUGAUGGUAAAACAGUUCGAUUACCCGUAGCCCGAGUGAACAUUAAAACACCGUAUUAUACCGGGAGCGUAGAGGCAUGUGUUAUAGACCAUGAUCAAAUUGAUUUGAUUAUUGGCAAUAUACCAAACAUAAAGAAGUGCACGGAAAAUGAGAUAGCAGUUUGGAAAAAUUGUUGUGGAAUGGCCACUACUCGAUCCUGUAGUAAAGAUGUAGAGGAAGGAGAUUUGGCAAAGUUGUUCGAGUUAUCAACUAUGGAAAAAGAGCAAGAUGAAGAACAAGAUGAAAACACAGAAACAAUUGAAAUCAAAGACAUAGGAUUUAACAAAGAAAAGUUUAUCACAAAACAAAAAAAUGAUCCAGAGUUACUCCAAUUAGCAAAGAAAGGAGGUAGAGGAGGAAGAUUCUAUGUAGAAAGAGGAACUCUUGUUAGAGAGAUUGAAUGGCAUGGAAAAAAAGUAAUCCAGUUUGUGGUACCCAGAGAAUUCAGGCAGCUUGUAAUGGAAAAUGGACACGAUAUAGCACACACAGAACAUCUGGGAUUACACAAAACGAAACAAAGAAUAUUUCAGAAUUAUUAUUGGCCAUCAAUUAAUAAGGACAUAAAAAGUUAUGUGACUUCGUGCCAACUAUGUUCUAGAAAAGGAGCAAGAAACAUAAAAGUACCAUUACAAAGGAUGGAUUUACCAGAUAGACCAUUUAGUAAAAUAGCGAUUGAUUUAAUCGGUCCAAUGCCAGUGGUAUCAAAUAGGGGUCACCGUUAUAUCCUAACUGUGAUAGACGUGUGCUCCAGAUGGCCGGAAGCUAUCCCACUCAAACGAAUUGAAGCCAGAGAUAUAGUACAAGCAUUAUAUACGUUAUUUACAAGAUUUGGAUUUCCUAGAGAAAUAUUGUCAGAUAGGGACACUCAAUUCAACUGUCAAUUGGCUACAACAUUCUUGAACAUAUUUGGGAUACAGCAAAGGUUUACAACCUCGUAUUAUCCACAGAGCACUUGUGAACGUUUUAAUGUCAAUCUAAAGAAAUCAUUAUAUAAAGUAAUGGAUGAUAAACCCAAAGAGUGGGAUAUGGCAAUACCGUCAAUACUAUUUGCAUACAGGGAGAGUCGUAAUGAAAUAACAGGGUUUUCACCAUUUCAAAUGAUUUAUGGAGGAAAUCCACGAGGUCCAAUGACAAUAUUGAAAGAUUUGAUAAUCCCACAGGAUCAUGUAGUAACUAAUGACAGUUAUGAUAUUGUGACAGAAACUAGAAAUCAGAUUAUAAAGGCAUGUGAAGAAGCGGAUAGACAGAUGCUAGAGAGAAAUGAAUUAGCACAUUCCAGAGUGAAUGAACAUAGAAAAAUGACGGAAUUAGAGGUAGGACAAGAUGUUUUGGUCUUACAUAAGGAUAACAAUAAUGCUUCGGGCACAAAUUGGCUGGGACCAUACAAAGUAGCAAGGAAAAUUAGCGAUAUGGAUUAUGAAAUAGACAUUGAUUCGAUGUUAAAAAUAUUUCAUGUGGAUUUGUUAAAAGAAUUUACACCAAGACAAAGAAGUGAAGAAAGGAGUAAGGAUGAGUCAAUGACAAUGAGUGCCUGUGUGACGGAAGAAAUGGAGACAGAGGAAAGGUUUAGACCAAUAGAGACAGUGGCAACAGAAAGUAGGCAAACAUGGAAGGAUGUCAUGGUGGAUGGAGUUUCUCUUGAUAGAGCUAAAGAAAUCAAGGCACUAAUUGAGGAGUAUAAGAAUAUUUUUACGGAUUUACCUGGGAAAACAAGUAUUAUAGAACAUGAUAUCAAGUUAACUGGCAAAGUACCGAAUAAACUGCCACAAUAUACGAUCCCAUUACACCAUAGAGAAACAUUACAGAAGGAAAUUGAUGAGCUACUAACACUUGGAGUGAUAGAACCAUCUAGUUCACCAUGGGCUGCACCAGUCGUGCUUGUUAAAAAAAAGUGUGGCAACUUAAGAUUGUGUGUGGAUUAUCGACAGUUGAAUAAAGUCACACAAUUUGAUCCAUUUCCAAUGCCACAAGCAGAAGAAAUGUUUACUAAGCUAAAAAAUGCAAAGAUUUUUAGCACGUUGGAUCUGUCAAGAGGAUACUGGCAAGUACCUCUAAAACAAGAAGCACUGGACAUAAUUAAAACUUUCUUUUCUGGGGCACCGAUUUUGAAAUUACCUGACAAUACUAAGGAAUUUAUUUUGGCUACAGAUGCAUCAGCCAUUGCAAUAGGAGGCUGUCUAAUGCAAAAAUGGAAUGGUGUCCCACAUCCUGUUUUAUAUGUGAGUAGAAAACUGACAACAUCUGAGUUGAAAUAUGCUACCAUUGAAAAGGAAGGACUAGCCAUUGUAUGGGGUAUAACAAAAUUAGGGUUCUACCUAAUGGGAGCUAAAUUUGAACUAUGGACGGAUCACGCUCCCUUGGCCUUCAUUAAUACAAAUAAACUAGGGAACAACAGAAUAGCCAGAUGGGCAUUGCAACUUAUGGAUUAUAACUUUGAGGUCAGGACAAUACCAGGGAAAGACAAUGUGAUAGCGGACACAUUAUCACGGUGUACCUAAGACGGAAAAGAAAUGGAAGUAAGGAAAGGAGCUUGGCCACGUCAAUUUUGUUUCUGUUGGUUGGUCAAAAGAAUAAUGUCAGUAAAAUCAUUUCGGUGAGAACACAAUGAAUAGCAGUGUAAUGAAUAGACAUCUAUAACAGAUUGGAACAUUUUGUAAAUAUACACAUAUUACAUGUAUAUGUAAUCGAAGACUGUAUGGAUUGACGAAGCUUUGUUACAUGUGUGAGGUGUCGAGAUAUUAAUAUAUGGUGUUAUAUUGAGAAUUUGAUGAAACCAUUGUUAGAAAUGUAAAAUAUAGUAUUACAGUUACCAAGUUAAUUAUAGUUAUAAUUGUGAAUUAUGAGAUUUACUCUGAUUGAUUCGUUGGGGAAGUCUGGACAUUAUACAUUGAGAUGGAUAUAAGUAAUUUUGAACCUAAAAUAAUAAUGUAAAGAAUGAUGAUAUUUAAUUUUGCUGUUGGAGGGUUUUGUUGUCGUUGGUUUUUACCUGGUUUAAAAGAAUGAGAAUUAAUGAAGAUAAUAUAAUUAUAUUGAACAGUGAUUUAUAAUUGUAUUUGAUAUUUAAAAGACGUUCGAUGUACAUCGAACUUAUCAAACAAGGGGGGUGUUACGGUCGUAGCGCAGCACGGUGUGCAUGAAUAAUGGUGCGAAUUUGUGUAAUGAAUGGAAAGGAUGUUGAAAAGGGGAAGCCGGGAGUAAUUGACAGGAAGAGGAAUGAAAUGUUCGGAUUUACAUAACUUGUUGUAAUAUUAAAGUAUUUAUAGAGUAAUAACCUGAGAGUCUAUUAUUAUUUCGAAGAGUCUUGUGUCGUAACAGUAUCUAAAUCGACAAAUAACUAAAAUUCAUACAUCGCAAUUUCGGUAGUAGUGACUAGAGUUAGACUAGUAACCACAGAAUCAUAGUCCUCUUUACUAUGUUUGAAAUCCUAUCCAAGUUAGGCCAUUUUUUCUUUUUUUUUUUUUUUUUUAGUUUGUGCGAGACCCCUGCCAAAAUUUGAGGCCAUAGGCGGCUGCCUACUUUGGCUUAGCCUAAGGCCAGCCCGCUUCAUAGAAUCAUUUACAAUUAAUUAUGGUCACGUAACUAAUGUUUUUAAUAUGACCAUCUCAAUUUCUUAAAGUUUUUUUGUUAUGUCUUUUUUUGUCACGCAAUAUUCAUUUUCAUUAUGCUAUCAUAUUACUAUAACAAACGUCUCUAAAGAUGUAUCUUCAUCAUUCGAGAUUUACUUAUUUGGACUUGUUAUAUUCAUUCAACUCAACCAUAUUCCAAAAUGGUGUUUUUUGUUUAGCUCUGUUCUUGUUUGUAUGUUCAGGGCUGCAAUAUUCAGUUUUAAUCAAUAAUUUGUAGUGAAAGUAGACAUUUGCCAGUAAGUUUCGGGCAGGAAGGGCUCGUUAGCCUUGGUUGGCCACCCAUCUAGGAGAAGGAAAACUCUGAAUCCAAACCUCCGCUGCCUUGAGGCUAUACUCAAACAUGGAAAAGGCUUCGGGAGACAACCCUGCGGAAAAAUCAGGAACUGGCAGAUUGCUGCACACUGUGCUACAGACUGGCAGAGCAUGCGGCGCUACUGAUCCCAAACUGUAUCGGAUAUUCCGUUCCUUUGGUCGCAUCAGCUGCGCGGAGAGGGGGGGGGCUGCUUUGUGGGCGACAUCUUUAUGACCAUAGACAAUGCCCAGGCUUUCAUCUCGCUUGUUAGAGAUGAACCAUAGUUAUUUGUUAUCUUAUCUUAUCUUAUAAAAUUCGGACGUUACUUCAAAAAAGAUGAUUAUGUCCUACGUUUGUUGUAUCAAUGUUUAGAGGAAACAAGGCCGGACACAUAUCGCAAAGCGCCGUACCUAAAAUCCCCAAGCUGGAAAGAGGCUGUGGAUGACCAAUUUCUGAACUAUAAAUCUUCAAAUACAAAAACAAUCUAGAAAUAUCUAGGUAAUCAAUCAAUUUAAAUGUAGGCUACAUAAGAUGAUUAAAAUCAACAGACAUGAAUUAUUUCGAUCUAGGAUUUUUGAAACAUUAUCCCAAUGAAAACUAGCAGGCAAUGGCCUAUUUCAUUUAUUAGCGUGAAUAUAUAGUCAAGUGAUUAAUAGCCCAUUCAAAAGAAAAUCCGAGAAAUGAUUUUGCAUUAUUUCUAAACGUUGAAAACUAAAGA